AUGGACAGAUUUUUUGAACGAAAACUUGCUAGAGGCUUGCCUGAUAUCUUCAGGCAGAGAAUUCCAGAGCCUUAUGGCCUGGAGACGGAAGGAGUCGGAGAGAAAACCAGUUCGGUGAAGAGGGGUGGAAAGGACAGACUUAUUAGAAGAACGGAGCUGACGUUCACUAUAGAAUACGAGGAGGGAAUGCAGCCUUCAGGACUGUCGUACCUCACCGCCGAUCAGCCUACGCGGGAGAUCCCACCGGGUUACUACGACACCGGCGACGGCUUCUACGAUCCCAAGACCAAAGUUGUGUAUAAAGCCACUGAUCUGUCGGCCAUCAUCAGAUCGCCGUCGAUUCGCGAGCAGAAAUGGAUAAUCGAGAACUGCCGCACCGCGCCCGAGAAGGAGUUAGGCCCUCGACAGGACUUGUACGAAGAGUGGCUAGAACCCCAAGUAGAACCGCAGCCGCCGCCGGCACCCUCCGUCGUCACCCGCAUGCCGGUCACUGUCCGCGCCUCGCGGGGACGCUUCGAGAGCGAAGUGGAAUUGACAUUCAGACUUCUUCAGGAAGAUUCGACAGAUUCUAGCACUCAAUCUCAAGCGUCUAUUUCGUAGGGUUUAUUAGUUUUAGUUAUUGCUACAGAUUAGAUGUUUGUCUCAGUUGUUGAGUUGUUGUAGAUACUCUUAAUCUUAGUUAUUGAUUUCGCGUUAAUGUUUAAUGUUAUUCAAUUGCGAAGGCUAAAAUGAUACAUAAUUAUGAUUUUUCGUGUAUAACUUCUUCUAAUGCUAUAUGAAUAAAUUAGUUUAAUUAAU